CUGGUGAUUCUGAAGACAAUCCAGUCAUCAUGGCUUAUGCUACUAUUUGUGUGGGUUUUACUGUUCCUCAAUUACUGAGACGUGCUAGCAGAAUUUUUCCCACUCAUUCUGCAUUGGUGGUGUUGAGGCACUCUGCUUUUUGUUCCUGCACAGCAAAUGGCACAAUAAUAUCAAAAAGGAAAAUGGAUCAUCUAGAGAGGACUGCAAAUAAUUUUCGUCAAGAGGUAAUUUCACAAGCAAAAGUCUGUGGAAUCACUGAUGAGUCGGAAACAGUCAAAAGACUUUGUUUGGCUGUUGCAAAUAAGGAUUUUACUUUCAAAGCAGGACAGUGGGUUGAUUUCUUUAUUCCUGGAAUAUCUGUAGUUGGGGGAUUCUCAAUAUGUUCCAGCCCUGGCCUGUUGGAACGAGAAGGAAUAUUAGAGUUGGCAGUAAAGCACACUGUUCAUCCUCCUGCUCACUGGAUUCAUACUGAGUGUACUCUUGACUCAGAAGUGGCUCUGCGAGUGGGAGGUGAUUUCUUCUUUGAUCCUCAGCCUGGUGACUCCCCUGUAAAACUAGUGCUGAUAGCAGGGGGUGUUGGAAUUAAUCCAUUGUUUUCUAUACUGCUGCAUAUAGCAGAUCUUCAUGGAUACCAAGAGGGUAAAGGAAAUGGAUACAGAAUGGGAACAGUGAAGCUGUACUACAGUGCAAAAAACACGAGUGAACUCUUAUUUAAGAAAAAUAUCCUUGGUUUGAUGAAUGCAUUUCCUGGAAAGAUCACAUGUCAUUUCCACGUCACCCAGCAGAGUUCACAGAUCUGUAAAGAACUUCAGCCAUAUGUUACAGAGGGAAGAAUAUCUGAAAAAGAUCUAGAAGAACAUGUAUCUAAGGAUACUUUAUGGUACAUCUGUGGUCCACCUCCAAUGAUAGAAUCUAUAUCCAAACUCCUGUCAAACAUAGGUGUUCCUGGAAACUGUGUGUUCUUUGAGAAAUGGUGGUAGUGACAUCUGCUGAACUGAAAACAGAUUGUUUACAGUGUAUGUUGAUAAACUGAAAUGUACAGAAAUGGACUAUGAAUUAUUUGGAAAAUUUUUACAUCAUACAUGAAGAUCAUGAUGGUGUUCCUUUAACUAUAAUACACCUGCUGUAAUACAGUGCUGGUGGUUUGGGAGAGAAAAAAGGAUUUUAUAUUAAA